AUGGAAGAGGCACGAUCGUGGAAAGCGAUUUCCGCCUCGAAGUUGUACCGAUUUCUCAUCGGCCCCGAGAAGAAAGAAUUCAACAUCCAUGCGGCCAUCAUCACCCAAAUGUAUCCCGUGCUAGCGGUGUUUGUCAACGGCACCGAGUUCAAAGAGGGGCACGAGGACCAGGCGGAGCUCGAAGAUGUCGACGAGGAGACUUCACUUUCUUCCCAGGAAUCGGCAAGCGACGAGGACUUCGACGGCAGCUCCAAGGACUCUGGCGGCGGCUCCGAGUUACAAACGAACAACAAACGCAAGAAAACGUCACAACAAUCCAUCCACCAUAGAGAUAAAGGGAGGAGCAAGUCAGCAAGAACGCCUAGUUACUGGAAAAUAUUUGAUGCCGUCGUCGAGAGCUUCCGCCCACCUUCUUAUACAGAAGCGCCGAACAUGGUUCCUGCUGUGUUGACACCCGAAUUUUCGAAGAUCCUACUGGAUCAUGCUCGUCUCCUUGUUUUCGCCGACUGUUACCAGAUUGCGAUUCUCGCGAAGAUGGCAUUAUUUCAUCUAGGCCGAGAGCUCCAAAACACUAAGGAUCAACCCGCCGACGAAGUGAGCGUGGAGGCCAUCGUUGGGCUGCUGGAAUUUUGCUACGCCGAACCCCGGCCGGGAGAGCUGAGGUCGCUAGUUGCAACGAUCCUGUUGUAUUUUAGCUUUUCUUUAUUUUCGCGCACUCCUUUUUAA